ACGAACUUGAACUGGAACCUAGAUAUGCGAUUGACCAAGGACCAACUUGUCGCCCAAGCUGAGAGAACGCUCGAUAAUCACUAUUUAACUAUUUAUGCCUUCUUGCUGGGGUGCGCAACAACUACCUCUGGCGUUGCUAUCUAUCGGCGUUACUUUCGUCGAAUACGCACUGGCGACUGGAUCACUCCCAACAUCUUCGUAAAGAAACGCUGGGUCAAAGGCCGAGUAACGAGUGUUGGGGACUCUGACAACUUCAGACUGUAUCAUACCCCAGGCUUAGGAUGGCGCUGGCCGCUCAAGUUUCGAAGAAUCCCUUCAACGGCUAGAGCUCUCAAGGAUCAAACCAUCCAUGUCCGGGUAGCAGGCGUAGAUGCACCUGAAGCACCACACUUUGGCCGUCCCGGCCAACCAUAUGCCGAAGAAGCUCUCGCAUGGUUAAGGUCGCAAAUUUUGGGAAAGACGGUCUAUUGUCAACUUUUGCGGCGCGAUCAAUAUUCCCGGAUUGUUGCAGUCGUUACGCUUUCACCUCAGUUUUUACCUGGGUCACUCUUCUAUGGGAAAUCUCUGCCACUCGAAAUGUUAAAGGCAGGCUGGGCCACCACUUACGAGCAAGCUGGAGCAGAAUACGGCAAAUGGGGCAAAGCCGAGUAUCUAAAAGUUGAAAAUGACGCCAAAGUCAAACGCAUCGGGAUGUGGGAAAAGGGAACCAGUUUAGAGUCGCCAGCUGAAUUCAAACGUCGACACGCACAAACAGCUAAUAAUGACACGAAUGCCAAAGGGCUGGGGGUGACGGAGGAGGGACUACCUGAGCGGAGUAGCAAGAGCUGGUUUCAAAGUUGGUUCUCGUAG